GCGUCAGUGCGUCAGUUGUGUGCCUGUGGCUCGUGCUGAAUCCGCUUCGUCUGUCUUCGCUGCGGCGGAGAAAUAAGAUGCGGAGUAGCAGCGGAACCGGAGCCCGCUGUGACCCGGAUCAGCACAGAACCAGAACCAGAGCCAGGCUACCUGAACCCUCCCCCGGCACGGCACGGGUCGGCUUGCAGACAGCAUGACAGCAGCGGUAGCGGAGGAGCGCGCGACAGAGAAAGGCUCCAACCGCCGCUAAGAGAGGCAGUUAGCCGGGGAAGCUAGUCGCAGAGAGAGGCAGUAAAAGCCGGGGAAGCUAGCCGCUGAGAGGGGCAGUUAGCUGCUGAGAGAGGCAGUUAGCCGGGGCAGCUAGCCGCUGAGAGAGGCAGUUAGCCGGGGCAGCUAACAGCGCGCACGAUGACCGCGGAGGGAAGCGGCACGAUCCGCAGCCGCAUCAAGAACCUGCUGCGCUCCCCUUCAAUCAAGCUGAGGAGGCGGAGCGGUGCGGCGCGGCAUAAAGAGGACCUCAGCGAAAAGGUGGUCUUGGAGAAGGUUCUGGGGAUCACAGCUCCGGGGAACCGAGCGCUGGCCUGCGACCCCCGAACUGGACUGUUGGCUUAUCCUGCCGGGUGUGUGGUCGUCCUGCUGAAUCCCCGGAAGAACAAACAGCACCACAUCUUCAACAGCUCACGGAAGGCGAUCACCACGCUGGCGUUUUCUCCAGACGGGAAAUAUGUGGUCACAGGAGAGAGCGGCCACAUGCCGGCGGUGCGGGUCUGGGAGGUGUCGGAGCGCGUGCAGGUCGCCGAGCUGCAGGAGCAUAAAUAUGGCGUGGCCUGCGUGGCGUUCUCUCCCAACGGGAAAUACAUCGUCAGCGUCGGCUACCAGCACGACAUGAUGGUCAACGUGUGGAACUGGAAGAAAAACGUGGUGGUAGCGGCCAACAAGGUGUCCAGCAAGGUGACGGCGGUCUCCUUCUCGGACGACAGCUCCUACUUUGUUACCGCGGGCAACCGCCACGUCAAGUUCUGGUACCUGGACCACGGCAAGACCUCCAAGGUGAACGCCACCGUGCCGCUGCUGGGGCGUUCAGGGCUGCUGGGAGAACUCAGGAACAACUUCUUCAGCGACGUGGCGUGCGGGCGCGGGCGCCAGGCGGCCUCCACCUUCUGCAUCACUUCCUCCGGGCUGCUGUGUGAGUUCAACGACCGACGACUGCUCGACAAGUGGGUCGAACUGAGGAGAGUCGACUCUGCGUCCACGUCUCAGGCCACCUGUCUGUCCGUCACAGACGAGUUGAUCUUCUGUGGUUGUUCUGACGGGUCCAAGUUCACCCCCACCAACCCAACCUCCUGGUGCCCCGCCCCCGCCCCCACAGCCCUGGGCAGCAUGGUGGAGGCCAGUGUCUGUCUCUCAGCUGAGACAUGUGAUGACGUAAUGCUCCUUGUGUUUGUGUUUCUGCAGGUGUACCCCGAGGGGGGGGGAGGAGGAACCAAGCGUCUCCCCCCCGGCUCCUUCCUCACCUGCUCCUCUGAUAACACCAUCCGGCUCUGGAACACCGACGGGCAAAACCUCAUCACCAGGAACAUCCUGAGCCACGAUCUGCAGAAGGUGAUCUACGUGGACGAGAACGUGAUUGGCCUGCUGGACCCGGAGAGCGCCACGCUGAGCGGCGUGGAGGAGGGGACGCCAGCGGACCAGAGCCGCGCCGGCAUCAGGACGCUGAGGGUCAGCCCUGAUGGACAACAUCUGGCCUCUGGAGACCGCAUGGGGGUCCUCAGGAUCCAUGAUCUGGACAGCAUGGAGGAGAUCUUGAACGUUCAGGCUCACGACUCUGAGAUUCUCUGCCUCGAGUUCUCCAAACCAGACACCGGUCUCCAGUUAUUAGCCACAGCCAGCAGGGACCGUCUGAUCCACGUCCUGGACGCGGGCCGAGACUACAGCCUGGUUCAGACUCUGGACGAGCACUCGUCCUCCAUCACUGCCGUCCGAUUCGCCGCCAAUGAGGGCAAAGUGAGGAUGAUCAGCUGUGGGGCCGAUAAGAGCGUCUACUUCCGCACCGCUCAGCAGAUGGAGGACGGGCUGGAGUUCACUCGGACUCAUCACGUGGUCAGGAAGACCACUCUGUACGACAUGGACGUGGAGCCGACCCGCAAGUACGCUGCCGUGGGCUGUCAGGACCGCAGCAUCAGGAUCUUUAACAUCAGCAACGGGAAGCAGAAGAAGAUGUAUAAAGGCUCUCAGGGCGAGGACGGGACUCUCAUUAAGGUGCAGAUCGACCCGUCCGGUCUCUACAUCGCCACUUCCUGUUCGGAUAAGAACAUCAGCAUCUUUGACUUCUACUCCGGAGAGUGUGUGGCCACCAUGUUCGGACACUCAGAGAUAGUAACCGGUCUGAAGUUCAGCAGUGACUGCAGACACCUGUUCACCGUGUCUGGAGACAGCUGUAUCUUCGUGUGGCGUCUCAGUCCCGAGUUGACCAUCAGGAUGAGGCAGCGACUCGCUGACCUCCGACCUCCCAGCAGCACUCCGACUUCCCAGAAUGCACCACAGCAAAAAGUGGUGACCCUCAGCAGGGAGGUGGCGUCUCCUCGUGUUGUCACCAUGUCGUCUGACAGCGACAAGGAGGAAGAGGAGGAAGAGGAGGAGGAGCACAGCAGUCCUUAUAUGGUCGCAGGCGGAAGUCUGGAGGAGGAGAAAGAAAUAUCUGAUGAGAAGUUGGACUCUCAGCGCUGCAGAGAAGGCAGGAAGGAGGCGCCAGGGGGGCGGCUCCCUCGCCGGCGCUGGUCCAGGAGGAUGGGUGGAGACAGCGUUCUGAUGGUGAAGUCCAUGUUGGACCUGAGGCUGCUGGACUCGUACUGCCCUGACAGACAGGAGGAGCAGCAGGCGGAGCAAGAAGGGGUGAAGACACGCCCCCUGGAUGUCAGCCCGAAGCGGAGGGACCCAGGUGUGGAGGCGGGGCUUCACAGGACCAAUCAGGAGCUGGGGAGCACCAUCAGUCUGCAGGUCACCACCGCAUGGAAAGAGGACGACGAGGCAAGGACCAAUCAGAGGCCAGAAUUUAUCCAUCUGUCCAACCGGAGCCCAGACAGGGAGCCUCUGGUGCUGUAUCCCGACCAAUGGGAGGACAGAUUGAGCCUGGCAGGGAGUGAGUUCCAGGUGAAGGAGGCGCGUCCCGCGGCUGAAGGAGGACCACAGGACAAACCGAGUCCAGACAGCGGCUGCUCUCUGGGAUUCAGCUCCAGCCUGUCCAGUCCAGUCAGACCUGCAGGAGACGACUCGGAGCCCCUGGAGCCUCUCAGCGGGGAUGGAAACUCCUCUGAGUUGGAGAUGGAGGAGGAUGAAGACGAAGGAGUAGGACGAGGAAGAGGAGGAGGAGGAGGAGGAGAGGUCAGAGUCUCGCAGAUCGUCCCUCAGACUCCAGACCAGGAAGCUUUCCUGAAGGAACACUUUGUCAAACUGGCCGACCUCUCAGACUCAGGGAGUCCCAGCAAAGCGUCUCACAGCUCCAGUGAGAGUCUCAGCAUCUCGUCCCGGUUCCUCUCCCAGAAUGCACCUGGAAGCCGGACCGUGAUUCCUCUCCCGUCUCGGACCUCCGGGGGAGGAGGAGAGGGGGUGAAAGCCCGUCCUCUGGUCUCCGAGGUCCGCCCUCUGAUGGAGCAGAACCAGGACAGCAGGGUGUCGUGGAAGCCAGACCACACAAUAAAACAGAGCCUGGACCAAACACACAAACAGAACCAGGACCAAACACACAAACAGAGCCCUGACCAAACACACAAACAGAGCCAGGACCAAACACUAAAACAGACACUGGACCAAACACACAAACAGAGCCAGGACCAAACACUAAAACAGACCCUGGACCAAGCACACAAACAGAACCUAACACACAAACAGAACCAGGACCAGACACACAAACAGAACCAGGACCAAACACACAAACAGAGCCCGGACCAAACCGAGCAGGGUUGGGAUCGGCUGCGGGGCCGGAUAGAGGGGGAGGGUGCGUCCCAGCAGGCCCACCGGCCCUCCCCCCUAAAGAAAAAGGUCCAAACCUCGCUGGAGUCCAGGAGGAACCUGGGCCCGGUGGCCCGAGCCGCUGCCUCCCAUCUGAACUCCUCCUCUGGGCUUCGGAAGGCUCAGUCGGUCCAGAACCUGCUGACGGACACAGGUAUGACCAAAAUGGUCUCCUCCAAAAACCGGCGGACGGCCACAACGCACCUCCGGAGCGGACCCUUGCGAGACCCCGCCUCCUCUCGGGUCAAAGGCGCCCCACCUCCUUCUCUUCCUCUGGUUGCCGUGGUGCCCUCCAACGCCGCUCUGGCCACGCCCCCACACGCUGCCGUCAGCCCCGUCGUGAUCGCUGCAGCCUCUUCGGCGGCUCUGGGUAACCACGGUAACCCGGCGCCCCCCCGCGGCCUCCAGGCGGUCCCGGGCAGCAGCAGGCCGCUGCCCGACAAGCCCUCCCUCGCCUCGCUGGCCUCGCCGUCGGCGCCGCGGCCUCCGCCGGUGUCCAUCUCGCCGCUGAUGGCGCCCCCUCUGGACGCCGAGCAGCAGGCUCCGCCCCCUCUGGACACCGAGCAGCAGGCUCCGCCCCCUCGGGACGCAGAGCAUCAGGCUCCGCCCCCUCGGGACGCAGAGCAGCAGGCCCCGCCCCCUCUGGACGCAGAGCAGCAGCAGACUCCGCCCCCUCUGGACACCGAGCAGCAGGCUCCGCCCCCUCUGGACACCGAGCAGCAGGCUCCGCCCCCUCUGGACACCGAGCAGCAGGCUCCGCCCCCUCUGGACACCGAGCAGCUGACUCCGAGCGGCAGCUACGACGCAGGUUUGGACUCUCAUCCUCCUCCUCCUCCUCCUCUUCUUCUCCAUCCCUUCAUCCUGUCGUCUCUGCGUGGGGGCUCUGGGCUCUGGCUCCUCCCCCCCCGAUCCUCCUCUCGCUCUGUACUCACGGACCAGCCAAUCAGUGUGGAGACCUGCAGAGCUCUGACCAAUGAGCUGCAGAGCUGCUUCAAGAGAGCAACCCACUUGUACAGGAAGGUGAGUCUGUCUCAGGACAGCUUUCAUAAGCUAAAUACAUCAGUAUUUUGUCGGGACUCGGGACAAGCAAUUAAAAACCGGGACAUCUGGUCACCUUAGUUUAAACGUUAGUUUAGCUAGCUAGCUAUACGCUAAUUCAGCUAACCGCUAG